AGAUUGAAGUAUGGUUCGACAUGGAACUUUCGUGCACAUGCUCCCAGGAUACCCUGUCCAUUAUUUUAUUCAGUUUUGUCUAUAUUUCAGCCGCUUCAGAAUCAGAGUCACCCUAGUUGGCCGCUGUGUCUCUUUGGUGAGUUUGGUUGCGUGCGACACCGCCAACCUUUCCCCACAUUCCACAAUGAAAGUGUUUGUGCCUGCAUUGUGAUUUAGGUCAUCACCAAUUCAGUCCCUGUUUUGCGGCACUUGAAAGAUGUCCAAUCUCCAGGGUUGGCACAAUCACCCCAUGCCUGUUGCCAUGGAAAACGGGGCAAGUUGAACCUCCUCCAUGCGUGUUCCCAAAGUAAAUCUCCGCUUUCUGGGGGGUUGGGAGGUAACUUGCGGUCAUUCCAUUCUGCAGUGGAAGGUGCCGGUGGUUCAUGCUCCACAUACUCCCGUAUUAACCCUCUGUUUACCUCCUGCUGGUUUUAAUUCAGGGAGGUAAUCUAACAAGGGGGUAUCUACUUUCAAUGCGCAUCAGCGGUCAGUUCCUGUGUAAUAAAGAUACAUUACUUUGGAAUUCGCCUAAUCUAGAGGUUAAUUCGGUUGACUCCUCCCAGUGUUGCUAUUAUCGUAUUAAUAAUCGCACCACUUGAGCUUCGAUUUAAAAGUGGGAGGGCUGCUCCAGUGCGCCGGAAUACCGAGAGGAGCUGUCUCCAUUACGCGUGGUGCUGAAAGUGCCACUCGCCGCAUCAUGUGGUCGGUCUUUUUUGUCUUUCUGUCUUACCUUGACAGAAACUUCGUGAGAGGCGACUUUCUGAACCUCGCUCUGGACGCGGAGAAGCAGAGCAAAGAGAUGUUCACCAUGCUCAACGGCACUUUGUGCGCAAAAAUGUCCACGGUGGGCGAGAAUUUCCUCUACCAGGUGUCAGACGGAGCCGAGGUCGUGCGCUCUGUCGUCAGCCCCACGGGGAAGAUUGUGAACUGCUCUGUAAUUGUGAACCAGAUGCAAGUAAAAUCCUUCAUGCAUGAGUGUAGGCUGGGACUGAAAGAACUGAAAACGGGACGGCAGCUGGACACGCGUUUUGUGCGCAUGGAUGAAGCCAAGCUGAUGUGCCGGGAGUUUAAGGAGAGGUCGGUGCGCACUGAGAGGCUGAGGGAUGACAGUGAAAGCUCUGCACAACAGGACAAGGUUGUAAAAAGAUCCAAAAGGGGCUUUACUUAUCCCGGGACCCUUUGGUGUGGAGCUGGCAACAUGGCAGAUCAUUAUGGCCAGUUGGGAGAUUUUGCAGAAACCGACAGCUGCUGCCGUACCCACGACCACUGCCCUCAUGUUAUCCACGCCUUCUCCUCAAAAUAUGGCUACACUAAUUUUAAGUGGCACUCCAUCUGUCAUUGUGACUGUGAUAAUACGCUGAAGGACUGUCUAAGGGAAGUUAAUGACACAUCUUCCAGGAUUGUAGGUCAAGCGUUCUUCAAUGUCAUUGGUGUCCCAUGUUUUGAGUUCACCUAUGAAGAGCAGUGUGCAGAACGCCACUGGUAUGGCCUGUGUAAACGAUACGAGAAGUUCCCCAUCGCAGUGCUGAAAGAGGCUGUCCCGUAUGACUUCGGUGGUAUAGACGUCAUUGAUGAGCUCACGAUAGCGCCUUCUAAGAAGAAAGACUCUAACAAAAGCAGCGAGCAGGAGAAAUCUGAGACCACAACACAGUCUACAGUGUCAGGCUCCCAGACCAGCAGCCCAGAGGAGCCAUCACUCCGCAAUGUAGUCACUGCCGCAGAAGACUUCAUCAAAGUGCUCGCUACUGUCUCCACCUCUCAAAGCUCCACCACUGACUCAGAGAAAGGCGACGCGCAAAGCUCUGAGAAGAAGAAGAGAAAGAACUCAGGGAAGAAGAAGAAAACUUCUAAAAAGCAAAAAGGAAAAGGGAAGGGAAGAAAGAGAAAGCAGAAAGCAGAGGCAGGUGUUAAAAUUGAGGAUGGAGCAACGGUUUCACCACCUGGCAGCAAGGCAGAAGAAGUCAUUGUCCUGAGUAACUUCAUCAGUGAGUCACAUAAACACGUCCAGUCGAGUAGAAACUCCAACAAAGUGAGUGAGAGUGAAUACGAGCUAGGAGGUAAAGAGGAGACAUCUAAUGAAGUCAUGAAAGAUGAACCAGCGGUGGACAGGGAAGCUGUUUCCAUUAUGUCAUCAAGUCCAGCUCAGGAGAAGCCAGCAGAGUCAGACACUGAUGCUAAGUCUCUGAACACAGAAACAGCUUCCCUUUCUGUAUCAACUACAACUAGCAUCAUUCCAGUUAGGGCAAAAACAAGGAGGCUGAGAAAGGGGAGGAGGAGGAAGAGCAAAAUAGUUCUCUCUCAAUCCUCUGACAUGGUUGCAUUGGACAAAACUGAGUCUGUAACGAAACCAACAGACCACUCAACUGCCAUUUCUGUCCCCAGUAUCGUCACCACAAUGGCAACAACAAAGCCUGAGCAACAAGGCUUUGUGAGUAACACUGAAAGGCAACCAGUUGUCACCACGGCCAGUACCCUCAUUGUUAUCACCAAACUCAAAAGGACCAGGUCAAAGGAGAGAAAAGACAGAGAGGGAAAGAAAAAAAGGAGGAAAGGCAGCUCCGCUACUCCCAUUGUGGUCCCGGUCCACGAAAAUUCCUCUACAGAAAAUCUGAGAACGAUCCAUCCUGGCGGGGCUCCAACCGUACCAUCAGUCCCCUUCACAGAGGAACUAGUAUCUCACAUACCAGACAUUUAUAGAGGAAGGGUGUCUGUCCAGGUUACGGCUCCCAAUAGUUCCUUCAGUGUUCUGAAAACAAAAAGGCAAAGAUCACAGGAGAGAGGACUGAGAAACAGAAGGAGGAAAACUGCUUUGUCUCUGUUUAAUGAACUCCCUCCUUUUGAGACCAGCCUGGAAAAUACAGUCCCAAUUCUCCCAAUUCCACAAGCAAGUAAUACUCUGAACAGCCCCACAACCACUGCUGCAGUGAGCAUGUCCACAGAAGAAGUAACAACUCACAGGGAAUGGAGUUUUUCCACGACUAUCACAACCACCCCUUAUGUUAUUACAAAAAGACACAGGCAGACAAUCAGACAGCAGAGAAAGCAAAGAAAGAAACCCAUGUCUGCUGCUGUCAGUGGUAGGUUUUCUAUCCUUGAACAAGCUCAACACAAACCAAUGACAUUCACACCCCUGCCAUCCAGAACCGCUGCUACUGAAGAGCUCCAUCUAAAGAGAUCAGAAAGGUCAAACCAGUCACUCUGCUUGACCACUUCACCAACUCCCAUCCUGAGUCCGAUGCAAUUAUCUAUCGAGAGAGUAAAGGCACAAUUUAGCAGGAAGAAGAGAAGGAAAGCAGCAUUGUCUGCCCGACAACAAUGAGAUACAUGGUGUAAGCUGAGCAACAAUAGGCUCAUACUUAAAGCAGCAAAAAAAAAAAAAAAGUUUGCUGGCAGGUUAGCUUCAAAUAAUCAGAGGCUUCUUGAUGAGUUUAUAAAUACAAUAGAACUGACAGUGUAAUCUCUUUCUGGUGCAGCAUUUAAAUUGCAGACAUAAACAGGAAUUAUGUUUGACUGUGAUACAAGAAUCAUGCUUUAUAAAACUGUAUUCUGCAUGGCUAGAAUAAAAUCUAUGAAUGAUUAUG